UACCUUGAAACUAGCCGCGGCAGAUCAAUAAUUAGUCUGCGUCGUUGUGUAACUCAUCAAGAGGGGAUUAUGGUGCUACACGGACAUUUGCAUAUUGUGCUCUGACAGUCGGCAAGUUAUGACAGUCAUUACUAGGCUACUACUACAGAGAGUUCAAUAAAUUAUUGGAUUUUCUCUUGGUCUUGCAUGAUAAAAGUGGAUUACUUUUCAAGUGAAGGAAUCAAGCUGGUAAAACUAUCAGAAACAGCACGCGAAGUUCCCACAUUUGUGACAACGCAGCACAGCCAUGAAAUUUUCCCAGGGCUUCAAGAAGGUUGUUCGUCCUCCUAAUCAUUGUUGCUGGGGGAUCAGCGGGAAAUAGCAGCGGAGAGGUUGGGAGGUCAUGGUAAUAACCGAGCCGGCAUUGCCACUUGUGGUGGUGUGGCUGUCAUUGGCUUGUAUUGCAGGUCAUGUGUUGCCAAUCAUAGAUGGAAGUUCUGGUGUGGUAAUAGAUUGCUGUAGCCGAACCCCGGCAAAGUCUACUCCGCCUGCCACCACUGCCAUCCCAUUCUCAACAACAACAGCGCCGGACACUCAUAAAUUAGAAUGUGAAUAUCAUGAACAGCAGCGCACUGCUUGUCUGAACGGGGGAACUUGUUUUGCUUUACUUCUAGAGGGAACUAGAGAAGCUUUUUGCAAUUGUCCAGAAGAAUGGAAAGGAAACCGGUGCCAAGAAGCUGAAAUACCUUUUGUAUUUUAUUCUACCGAGCGUAUGCGCACAGCUAACAUUGCUGCCGGAGCAGCGGUUGCUGUUGUUAUCGUGGUUGUGAUCCUAAUUUCUUUAUACGUCUAUAUAAGAUUCAGGAAGAGGAUUCGAACAUGGUGUUUGAGGUGGAGAAAGAAACAAAGUCGGAUGGAGAAUCUUGAAUUUGAGGCAAGUGCUGAGCAGUUGUAUAGGCGGCCGUUUAGCGGCAGAUCUUCCAUUAUAGAAAGUGAUGCAAGACAAGGAUAUAGACGAGGGGAGCAGGCCCGGAAUGCCAUACAAGACAUACCGGACGGUAACAAUUUUGAGGAUGAUCGAGAAUCAAAAAGUGAUUUAAUUGAUAAAGAGACAGAGGCAGAUAUACAUGUACAUCCUACAUACCAAUAUAAUAAUGCGCAAUCAGACCAUAGAAAUGGUCCACAAAAAACUGAAAGGACAGCAGAAGAAACGACUGUAUAGCAUUGAUUUCAAAUGUGGAAAUUGUUUAUAAAUUAUAUCAUUGAUCGUUAUUUGUUUAUUUUGUUACUAUUGUACAGGAUUUAUGGGACGAUAGUGCUUGGCAGUUGCGCCAAAAGGUAAAUGUGGUCCUUGGUGACACAGAACGUCACCAGGCCAGUUCUGCAUGAAGUUCAAAGAUGUUUUGAUUGAAGAUAAAUUAAUAGCUAAAAUUUAGGAAAAGGGGACUUUCUUUUUACAAUUUUCCAUUCUCCAUGAACUAAUUUGAAUCACAUGUUGCCAAAUUCCUAUCAUAUUUGUUUUUAAAAAGGUUUGUCUUAACUUUGUGGGCAGUGUAUCUUGGUGACGUAUGCAUCCCCCAAGGAUAACAUUUUUACCCUUUCGGCGGCAGCGACCUUGAAUUGCUUCUGUAGGAGAUACGCUGAAUGAUGCUGGAUCGAACUUCAGUUCCUGAAACUGGGAGAUUCUGCACCUGUGUUUGCUGUUAGUCGUUAGUGCCCAUCGUUGCUGUCAUUACAUGGAGCAGAUGUCGCUUGGAAUGGAACUUUCAUAACAUGGAAUGUCUACAGAGUUUUGGCCUAAUUCAGAAUGGUGGGUACUGUUCAGUAUACGAACCAGAUUGAAUUGGAAUUCAUGGAAUGCUGAUUAAGUGAGAUGGUUGUUAUGAUAUGAAAUUCCUGCGCUGGAAGUGUCUGAGGUGAAAAAGUGUCCAAUUUUCAUUUCAGCACUCUUGGUUUUGCUUUUAGGCGUUACCAAAAUCAUAUUACUGAUUGGUCAAAGUUCAUGUACAGUAAUUCAUUUUUGGCGCUAAGUGCAGUGGAGCUCUUAUUGUAUCAGCUGACUCUUCACUUUUGUUGUCAGCCUUUCACCUGAAAUCUGUUGGUUUCAUGAUGGUUUCAUGAUGGUGGUGUUUUCCCUACAUCAACAAUUUGGCUGUUGAAACAGAAAAUGGAAGUCAGUUUUGAGCUCUGUCAAUUGUGCUGCACCAUAGUUGCUGCAUAUUGCCGAGUUUUAGCUACUUAGUCAAGCCCAAGAAAUCCCAGUUGGAAAUGAUGAUAGUUUGCAGUUCUUACAUAUCAGAUAUGUGUGUGCUUGCUAGAUCUCUCAAUAACUAUAGCUUCCCUAUAUAACGGGGCAUCUUGGAUUAAGAGGGCAUGUCAAAAUUAUUCUGAAGCAAAGGACACAGUUGCUGUUUGUCUUGGGGGAGAGGCUGGUCAUAAUUUUUUUUUUUAAAUUUAGAAGCUCGCAACGAAAUUGGUAUACUGCUACACGCUUGUUUUCAAGUUGUGUUUCUAACUGGUCUCUAGUUCCAGAACCACAUUAUGUAUAAUCCUUGUGAAUCUUUGAUUUGUAAGCAUAUUUUAUGUUCGAUAUACUGAGUAUACUCCAUUUAAACUAUUGGCACCAGAAGACAGUCUUGUUUGUCUUUCUGGGGAAGAGAGGGGGCCAAGGGAGAGGCAAAUAGUGUUAUUUCUCUUAGCUUCAAGAUAACUUUGGCAUGCUCGCUUAGUAAGAUAAGUUCCUAUGUGGUGUAUGUAGCAUGCAUUAUUUAUCUUUACUCGUCGGAUGAGUUGUGUAAGUUGUCAGUUCACAGUGUAUAUAACUGAAUGAUAAUCUCAGGAAAGACUACUUGUAUGUCAAAGGCCAUAAAUCUCUUGGACUCGUAUGUUUGGGGCAGAUUCCUUAAGAUUAUCAUUUUGUCAUUUUCACUCCCUGGACAGACAAUUCUAAGAAUAAUUGUACAUAAUUAAAUGAAGACACAGUGAUACUGAUCAAGAUGUACAAAGUCGAUUGUAUGUACUGUAGAAUAAUAAUAAUAUUUUAUGUACAUGUGUAUUGUAAUAUUAAUGAAGCAAUAUGAUAAGUAGAGAUUGUUUAAAUGAAUAGAGUGUCUGUAGAAAUUAAAUGAAUACCUGUGGCAUUGUUCUGAUUGAGUUCUGGAAAGUGUUGUGUAGAGUGUGCAUCAAUUUGCAACUCAGUCGUCCCAGUAUUGCAUGCUAGUGAAAAAUCCAUCAGGAGUGAUCACCAAUGCCUGUAAAUUAUCACAGCAUGCGCUAAUCUAAAUUGGCAGUCAUUAAGGAAUUGGUCGGAACUGGAGGUAUUGGUUGUCUCAGCAAACACUGCACGGGUGGAGCUAUAGUGUAGUCCAAAGUCAAGGAACCUCGCCAAGUUUAGGGCAAAAUGACAGCUCAACCCAAGCAGUGGUUUUUUAGACAACGAUAUAGUCAGUUACAUAUCUAUUUCUAUUCUAAAACACGUCGAACUAAGCAAUAAAAUGCGACUGUAACUGCAUUACGUCUGCUUCCAUAUUUUGCACCAAACCAAGCGGUUGCCUCACAAUGACCUCUGCAACCAAAACGAGGCACAGUGCAUUAUACACUGUAGACCAUGCUUUGUUACAACCGAGGUGUUAUAGAAUAUAGAUACCAUAACCUGGUGUUGAUAUGAGAUUUUUUGCAUCGGCCAGUAAUCUAGUAUGAAUGUUAAAUUGAACCUAUUAUUAGCCCCAAAUCGUCCUCUGGAACAUAUCUUUGAAUUAAAAUGUCACAUAUCUCUUUGUUUCCUUUUGAACUGCUUGUUAUUAUUUAAGUUUUAGCAAUCGUGCAUAUCACAUUGGUAGAUUGUUUUGAGGAAGUAUUUGAUGGAGUUCUCCUUAUUUAUUGUGUGUGAUAGAGACUUCGUCAAAUAUUUUACCCAAGUAGAACAGGUUUGUGUCUCCCGAAGAAUGCUUUUGUCUGCUUGAUUAUCAAGAUCAUGAUAUUCUGUCAAAAUUUUACUUUAACCAGUGGCAGAUUCAGAGGAAGCGCAUAUUUAGAUCCAAGCAUGAAUUUCGGCAAAAAUGAGUUUGACACCUUGUCCCCUCCUUUUGAUGGGUGCCACCACUUUUCCAGAGCCCCAGGAUCCACCCUAUCACGUAUUGUAAACAUCAUAAUUCUUAUGAAAUCACAGUGAGAUGCCCCACAGAGAGCUAAAGUUUUGUUUGACUCAGAAUUUAAUGAUAAAAGUGGCUAACUUACAACAGUUAGGUUUUCACCCUGUGUGUGACUGUGAGUGUCCAUUUGUUAGUGUGAUAAUGUUCAUGUUGCCCUCCAGCUCCUGCCAUUUCGAUCUGUUAUUUCAUGUGGAUGGGAUAAUAGGGUGGUGUUUCACCUGUAUCUUUUGUUGCAUAAUUGCUUUGUUGGGUUCUCUGAAUAAGCAUGUGCAGAGUUGGAUUCGUUGUCAGUAUUGGAUUCAUUGUCGGUCAGUGGCACAGUACACAGACAACUAAAUGUCGCAUGACUUUGGGGUAUCAUGAAUUUUGCUCGUAAACAAUAAAGAAAUGACUUUGGGAAAUCAACCAUGUUGUAAGUCAAGUUGCUACUUUUUGUCACGUGUUUCUGAUUUCAGCAAAGUGAGCGCUUUCAGAUACUUCAGACUCCAGGAACUUCACAUGAAAGAAUACUUUUUGUUGAACUGUUGUGUUUUCUGUCUGAAAUUAACCGAAAAAUUGAAUGACGAUUUCUCAUGAAAUGGACUAAAGGUUGUGUGAAGCAACUAAUGGAGUAGAUUAUCUAAAUCAUAUUUCUCUGUACUUGGGCCAGUGUACACACCCCAACCAAGUUCAUCCCAAAGUCUGUUCCUUUUGUAACAACUUAUUUUACAAGGUCACUCUUUUUCAACUGAAAUAAAACCCAAAAUUAUUAUUUUAUUACAA